CUCAGCUGAAGUGAAUGAGGAUGAGUCACCGUACGAGUGGCAAACCCUAACCCCAGUUCAUUCUCUCUCUCUCUCUCUCUCUCUCUCUCUUAUUCAGUCACUUGUGCUUCUUACUCUGCGGACGCUGUACUCUCUCACCACCCAACAACAACAAUGGCGAGAAAACGAAAACUCGUGCCCAAAUCGACCGAACCCCAACUCAAGAAGCAGCAAAGAGAAGUACAGCAACUUCAAUAUUACGCUAAAGACGAACAAGACGAUGAUCAAGAAGCCAUGGAUGGAGUAGUAGGACCUGAAGAAUACGAAGAAGACCAAGACCAACAACACUACGAAGACGGCGACGACAACGACGACGAAGAACAAGAACCCGAAAGAGACGAUGACGACGAGGAGCCUUUCCAGAAGCUUCUAGAACCAUUCAGCAAAGAACAGUUGAUUAAUUUGCUCUCCGAGGCUGCCGAGAAUCACGCCGAUGUAGCCAAUCGCAUCUACAAGAUCGCCAACAGUGAUCCCUCCCAGCGCAAGAUCUUCGUCCACGGCCUCGGAUGGGACACCAAUUCCGAAACCCUAAUCAACGCCUUCAAGCACUACGGCGAGAUCGAGGAUUGCAAGGCCGUUUGCGACAAGAUCUCCGGCAAAUCCAAGGGCUAUGGAUUUAUCCUCUUCAAGACCCCCGCGGUGCCCGUUGCUCCGCUUCCGCCGGCGCCGGCGUCGGAGUACACGCAGAGGAAGAUCUACGUCAGCAACGUGUCGGCUGAUUUGGAUCCCCAAAAGCUGGUUUCUUUUUUUUCCAAGUACGGUGAGAUUGAAGAAGGGCCUUUAGGGCUCGAUAAGCAGACUGGGCAGCCUAGAGGGUUUUGUCUAUUCGUGUACAGGACAAUCGAGAGUGCGAAGAAGGCAUUAAUGGAGCCUCAUAAGAACUUUGAAGGGCACAUUUUGCAUUGCCAGAGAGCAAUUGAUGGUCCAAAACAAAGCAAAUCACAUUCCCUUCAUAACCCUAAUUUGCAUAACCCUCAAUUCCAGAGGAAUGAGACUACUAGUUUUGUUGGGUCGGCAUCGGGACCGGGGCAUUUGAUGGCACCUUCUGGGCCAACGUACAAUCAGGGAGCAGCUGUGCAGGGUCUGAACCCGGCUCUUGGACAGGCUUUGACAGCGUUGCUUGCGACUCAGGGUGCGAGUUUGGGGCUGACUAACUUGCUUGGCACGCUUGGCGGUACUGGAGUGGGUAGUUCGGUGAACCCCACGGUGCCUGGUGCGAGCCAUGGAAUGCAGGGUGGGUAUGGGAACCAGGGUGUGGUGGGUGGUAGUGUGAGCUCGGGAGCUACGGGAGGUUAUGGGAAUCAUCAGAUGGGGUAUCAGAAUCAGAAUCAGAAUCAGCAGAUUGGACAAGGUGGUUCGAUUAGGUCGCAGCAUGGAGUUGGGAACAUGGGUGGCAUUAGGCCUUACAUGGGUCACUAGAUGUAAUAGAGAUCCCCAUAGGUGCAUCAAUCUUUUAGUACUGGCCCGGUGAUUCUUCUGAAGUUUCCGGAGCUCUUGCGAACAACGUUAUCUUUAUAUUUUUUUUAUGAAAUGUUCUGCUUUAUUACUCCAAAGAUCAGUACUGUCAAAAUGGAUUUAAUAUUUUCUUUCUUUCUUUCUUUCUUUUUUUUUUUUGUUUUGGGGGUGUGGUUACUUUAAAAUUAUGUACUUUAGUUCAAUGUAUGGUUUAAAAACUAUCGGGUUCGGGGUCGAGCAUCAGCAACUAUAUGAAUUGAAUUGUUUUGCACAGUUGCACAUUA